GCGCGGUGACGCACGCGCUGAUAUAAUGACGCAGUGAUGGCGGCUCCUCGCGGUGCUGGCGCCGCUUCCCCGCGGCCCGAUCCUGAUUCCGGCCUCAUUUACUCCCAGCUCCUGCAGCACCUGGUGGGGGAGCACCGGCAGCCGCGCCCCCUGAGCCCCACCGCGCUCGGAGCAUUCCCUGCACCUGUUAAAUCAGAGGAGCAGAAAAUGGUGGAGCGGGCGAUGGAGAGCUGCGGGUUCAAGGCGACACUGGCCUGUGUGGGAGGCUUCGUGUUAGGUGGGGCAUUUGGUAUCUUCACAGCUGGUAUUGAUACCAAUGUUGGCUUCGAUCCGAAGGAUCCUUUGCGGACACCAACAGCCAAGGAAGUUCUGAAAGACAUGGGCCAGCGUGGAAUGUCGUACGCAAAGAACUUUGCUAUUGUCGGUGCCAUGUUUUCUUGUACAGAAUGCAUCAUUGAAUCGUACCGUGGGAAGUCAGAUUGGAAGAACAGUGUGCUCAGUGGCUGUGUGACAGGAGGAGCAAUCGGUUUCCGGGCUGGUCUAAAGGCAGGAGCCAUUGGGUGUGGUGGGUUUGCAGCCUUUUCUGCAGUCAUCGAUUACUACUUAAGAUGAUGUGAAUUCAGAGCUACCUUGCUGCAAGUGGGAUGGAACUAUAGGCUGUCACAUCCCCCUCCACAAUGAGUGAGCUGGAUUGGACUCGUGUAUAGUGAGCACAUGAGCUGUAAGUGUGAACAAACGGAAUGAGGCUGCAGCCAUUUCCACCCGACAUGUAUCACACACUCAUGCUGCAGACCUAACACAAUUAUUGAAAUAAAGUGACAGGACUGAACAAAGAACUUGAAUCACAGGAAAAGGGAUUUGGAUUUUCAUCUCUUGGUCUGUCCUAUGUUGUAAAUAAUUUAUCAACUGAAUGGCGUUUAAUAAAAUAUAUUAUACUGUG